AUGUUAAAGAUAUGGACGAUGAAACAAAAGCAGCAGCAGGACGCAAAUGCGGAUGCUGCUGCAGGAACAAGGAAGAAGAAAGUUACUGCAGCACAGCUGCGCGUCCAAAAAGAUCUAUCUGAACUCUCCCUACCUAAUACCAUGAGGACAAACUUCAAAGACCCAGACGACCUGCUGAACUUUGAGCUUACCAUCGAGCCAGAUGAGGGGAUGUAUAAAGGAGGGCAGUUUCAUUUUUCAUUCGAGAUCAGCCAGGAAUUCCCCCACCAAGCACCCAAAGUCCUUUGCAAGGAGAAGAUAUACCAUCCGAACAUCGACCUCCAGGGCAAAGUGUGCUUGAACAUCCUACGAGAGGACUGGAAGCCGGUUUUAAAUUUACAAGCUGUGAUCGUGGGCCUACAGUUUCUCUUCCUCGAGCCAAAUGCAUCCGAUCCCCUGAAUAAAGAAGCGGCAGAUGAUUUACGGUCGAACAGAGAAGGAUUCAAGCGCAAUGUUAGACAAGCUAUGGGCGGCGGGAUAGUGCGGAGUGAGGUUUUCGAUAAAGUCCUGAAAACUCGGGAAUAG